UCCAGUGCAGAGGGACAGCGACCCGCAUCCGGCUCCGCCGCGGAAGACGAGGGCUCGGCGACAGCUAGCCCUCCCGCAGCCCUCCCGCUGGCCCGGCCUCGGGGGAGGGGCUGACCACCUGGCUGGCCCGGACGGUUUGCCAGAGCUGACAAAACGAAAGCUGCAGGAGAAUGGACAGUGAGGUACAGAGAGAUGGAAGGAUCUUGGAUUUGAUUGACGAUGCCUGGCGAGAAGACAAGCUGCCGUAUGAGGAUGUCGCAAUACCGCUGAAUGAGCUUCCUGAACCUGAACAGGACAAUGGUGGCACCACAGAAUCUGUUAAGGAACAAGAAAUGAAGUGGACCGACUUGGCCUUACAGUAUCUCCAUGAGAAUGUUCCCCCUAUAGGAAACUAACACCUGGCUCCCUUUUCAUGGAUGGGUUUUUAAAAUAUAUAUAUAUAUGUAUAAAGAGCACCAAGGUGGCUCAGUGGUUAA